GCGCCAAUACAUUAAUAACAUCCUUUCUAACCUCAAAAUUUAAACCAAUAUUUUGAUAUAAAUAAAAAAAGAUCAAAUAAUGUUGGGUCCUAUUCUAUCGCUAUUUUGAAUAUAUUUGCUCAUUAGUUGGUCUAUGUAAAGAUAUACAAUCAGAAAAAGAGAAAAUUAAAAUAAUUAAAUACGGUCAACAUGACGCAAAAAAUAAGUACUGCUAAUUUUCGGAGUGUCUUCAAAGUAAUGGAUAAAGAGGCCUUACAUUGGUUUCCUGGACAUAUGGGCAAAGGUUUAAAACAAAUGCAAAAUAAACUGAAAAGUGUUGAUUGUAUAAUUGAGGUGCACGACUCGAGAGUUCCCAUUUCAGGAAGAAAUAUUGAAUUCAAGCAUACCUUAGGAGGUAUAAAACCACAUAUUUUGGUGUUGAAUAAGGUAGACUUAAUCCAAAAAAAAUACAUGGAUAAAGUCAGAUGCAAGUUGAAGGAUGAAUGUGAAAAUAUUCUAUUCACAAACUGUAAAGAUGAGAAAUGUAAAGGUUUAAGUGAACUGUUACCAUUGGCGCAACAUUUAAUUGUGAAUUCUGAUAGAUUUAACCGAAGUGGGGUAGAAGAUUUUAAUGUAAUGAUCAUUGGAAUUCCCAAUGUCGGGAAGUCUUCUUUGGUCAAUGCUUUGAGAGCUAAAUACUUACGAAAAGGUCAUGCAUCUCCAGUUGGGGCUGUUCCUGGCAUAACCAGAAGCGUUCUUACUAAAAUAAAGAUAUCCGAGGAUCCCUUAUUCUAUAUGUUGGAUACUCCAGGUAUCUUAGCACCUAAUGUCCAAGAUGUGGAAGCUGGUUUGAAAUUAUCUCUAUGUGCCACACUACAGGACCAUUUGGUAGGAGAAACUGUUAUAGCAGACUACUUACUGUACCAUCUCAAUAAAUAUGGACAUUUCAAAUAUGUGAAAUAUUUCAAGUUAGAUGAGCCCUCAGAUGAUAUACUUGUUGUCCUUACAGAAAUCUGUAAGAAGCAAAAAAAACAGAUAAGAAUGAAAAAUUCCAACAACGAAUAUAUUAUGCGUCCUGAUUUUCACUUGGGAGCAAAAAUUAUGCUGAAAGCCUUCAGAAAUGGAGAAUUAGGCCACAUUGUUUUAGAUGAGGAUUUUCUUUGAGGUUCAGAUAAGAAUAAACCAUGAUGACUAACAAAAGUACAAUACUGUAAAAAUACAGUCGUCUGUUGUAUCAUCAGAUAAUUGUGGACUAAACUGAUUCUGUGGUGAUUAGAUUUAAAAAGUUGAAAUUGUGUUUUUACACUUCCACUUUGUAAUAGACAUAAUUAGAAAAUAAAAACGAACUAGCAUUGUAUAAAUGAACUGUUAAAAAAUGUAUAAUUUUAAUAUUUCAAAUUAGUCACUUUGUGGUCACAUGAUCUUUAGUUACACUUUGAAUAUGGGCAACUUUUCUUGCUUGAUUUAGAAAAAACCAAAACUUAAAUAUAAAAUAUUUAUUAAAUUCUAUCAAGUUAGCUGAUUAAGCAUAAUAA